AUGGCAAACCUUGGCAUCUCCUUUCAUCCAUUUCCGGAUCAGCCGGAUGAACGGACACGCAACUGGCCACUGGUGGAUUCAUUCUGGACUGUGCCCGUCCUGCUGGCACUUUAUAUACUUAUGGUGCGCUAUGCGCCCAAGUGGACAACCAGACACAAGCCGCUGCAGCUGAGAGCUCCAUUGUUCUGCCACAGUUUGGCUAUGGUGUUCCUAAAUGGAUAUAUCUGCCUGGAACUCUAUGCGGCAUCCAGGGAUCUUGACUACAACUUCGGAUGUCAGCCAUGUCGGGUUAGCUUUGACCCGCACGAAAUGCGGCUUACAAAGGCAUUUUGGUGGUUCUACAUUUCGAAAAUCCUGGAAUUCGCCGAUACGGCUUUCUUUAUCCUGCGCCAAAAGUGGUCCCAGCUGAGCUUCCUCCAUGUGUACCACCAUAGCACCAUGUUCGUCUUUUGUUGGAUUUUAAUUAAGUGGAUGCCAACGGGUUCGACCUAUGUGCCGGCCAUGAUAAACUCCUUCGUGCACAUCGUCAUGUACAGCUAUUAUGCGCUGAGUGUGCUGGGUCCUCGAGUCCAGAAGUUCCUCUGGUGGAAGCGCUACCUAACUGGCCUGCAGCUGGUCCAGUUCACCAUUAUCUUCUUUUGGACAUUGCAAAUGUUAAUCCGGGGAUGCGGGUACGGCACGUGGAUAACCCUGUCGAUGGGAAUCUACUCCCUGCCUUUCCUAUUUAUGUUCGGGAAAUUCUAUAUGCAAAAGUACAGGGUAUCAGCAGUCGCCAAGAAACCUGUAUGAAAGCAAUAACACUCCUAUAAAUAGCUUAAAUUAUAUUGUUUGUUUUAGUUGUACAAGCAAGUGCAUUUUUAUACUAAUUUCCAAACAAAUUGACACAGUUAAUAAAAGCUCGACCUUGGAUAUCAAUUAAAA